UACACCUACUAUAUGCCCACAGAAAUUUAACUAAAAAGCUUAAAAUUUUUUUUAAUUUUAAAAAAUGUCCUAUAUCCUGAUUAUGAUGGCGGUGACAAGGAUUUAAACAUUUGUUGAAACUUAUCGAACGGUUCACUUAAAAUGAGGGCAUUUUAUUGUAUCUAAAUUAUGCUUCAGUAAAGUUGAUUUUUAAAAGACAUGCACACAAAUAUAAUUUACAAAUCAGAUCAUUAGCUCGUUUAUGGUGUAGCAUUCAGUCAUUCUUAGAGUAUUCAGAGUUAUGCAAACAUCAUUAUCUAAUUCAAGAAGCUUUGCAUUACUGCAAAAAGGAACCUUUUAGCUAUUACCACUCACAGUUCCCCUAAUCCUGCUAGUCCUAAAAAACUCUAACUUACUCCUUUUCCGUAGAUUUGCCUAUUUUAAAUAUUUCAUAUAAAUGCAAUCAUACAGUAUGUGGCUCAUCCACGGACGAAGGCAAAAAUGACGAUUUAAUCAGUCUAGCAUUCUCGGAGAGGGUUAUAACGCCUAGUAGAGUCCGGGGUCCUGGGUGCGCUCUGCAUGGUGGGUCGGCUUGGGGGAGAAAGUCAUUUAAGGGACCUCCUUCCACUUGCCCCAGAGCCUCACCCCUUCCGGCUCUAGACUACAGUUCCCAGAAAUCCUUGCGGCUCUAAUCAACGUCUGGCCCGAAACUGGCGACCUUUUCCUGUUUCUCAGGGAACUCCCUGGGGUUGGCCAGUACCAUGGAGGAAGAUUGUCUUCAGAGUGCAGGGCCUGCGUCCUAUGGCAGUUUCACUCUGAGCCUGUGUCUGGAUCACGGAGACGCAGAGUAGCUGUUCGGAGUGGGGAGCAGGGAUGUCCCCGAACUGUGCAGCGGCACGAACCCGAAGGACCGGGCGCCAUCUUCUCGGCGCGGUCCUACUCCGGACUGUAUUUCCCAGAGGUCCCCGCGAGUCCAAGGCAGCCGUUUCAUUUGCCUGCUGGACCCUCGGCCUCAAGGGUAGGGGAAGUGCGCGGUGAGCGGCCUGGGUCUUGCGGGCUCGGCUCGACCCGCAGGUGCGUGCCUGGGAGUUUGAAGGGACUGACCAGGCUGGUUUGGAGUGUCAGACAUAUAGUAGCUGUAGAUCCAGAAUGACCUCUGAUCUGCUCAGUCUGAGCCACAAGAAAGGCCUGGCAUCUCAUGAUUCCUUUCUUCUUCAGCUCUGCUGUCCUCAGAGAGUUACCCAGAGGAAGAAUGACUGUUGACCAAACCAAAUACAAGGAGAACAGCCUCAAGGAAGACUAACCGUCUGCAAUAUUGGAAGCCAUGGCUGAGGGAUCAGUGAUGUUCAGUGAUGUGUCCAUAGACUUCUCUCAGGAGGAGUGGGACUACCUGGACCCUGUUCAGCGGGACUUAUACAGAGAUGUGAUGUUGGAGAACUACAGCAAUCUGGUUUCAAUGGGACUUUACACUCCUAAGCCUCAAGUGAUCUCCUUAUUGGAACAAGGGAAAGAGCCCUGGAUGGUUGGCAGAGAGCUUACAAGAGGCCUGUGUUCAGAUCUGGAAUCAAUGUGUGAAACCAAGUUAUUAUCUCUGAAGAAGGAAGUUUAUGAAAUAGAAUUAUGCCAGAGGGAGAUAAUGGGACUUACAAAGCAUGGCCUUGAGUACUCCAGUUUUGGAGAUGUUUUGGAAUAUAGAAGCCGCCUUGCAAAACAACUGGGAUAUCCAAAUGGGCAUUUCAGUCAAGAAAUAUUCACUCCUGAAUACAUGCCCACAUUUAUUCAACAGACAUUCCUUACUCUCCAGCAAAUAAUGAAUAAUGAAGACAGACCCUUUGAAUGUAAGAAAUGUGGAAAGGCCUUUAGUCAGAACUCACAAUUUAUUCAACAUCAGAGAAUUCAUAUUGGUGAAAAAUCUUAUGAAUGCAAAGAGUGUGGGAAAUUCUUUAGUUGUGGUUCACAUGUUACUCGGCAUCUGAAAAUUCAUACUGGCGAAAAACCCUUUGAAUGUAAGGAGUGUGGAAAGGCCUUCAGUUGUAGCUCAUACCUUUCUCAACAUCAGAGAAUCCAUACCGGUAAGAAACCCUAUGAGUGUAAGGAAUGUGGGAAGGCCUUUAGUUAUUGCUCAAAUCUUAUUGACCAUCAGCGAAUUCACACCGGUGAAAAGCCUUAUGCAUGUAAGGUAUGUGGGAAAGCCUUUACUAAGAGCUCACAACUUUUUCAGCAUGUGCGAAUUCAUACAGGUGAGAAACCCUAUGAAUGUAAGGAAUGUGGCAAAGCCUUUACCCAGAGCUCAAAGCUUGUUCAACAUCAGAGAAUUCAUACUGGUGAGAAACCCUAUGAGUGCAAGGAGUGUGGCAAAGCCUUUAGUAGUGGCUCAGCACUUACUAAUCAUCAGAGAAUUCACACUGGUGAGAAACCCUAUGAUUGUAAGGAAUGCGGAAAGGCUUUUACUCAGAGCUCACAGCUUCGUCAACAUCAGAGAAUUCACGCUGGUGAGAAACCCUUUGAAUGUCUUGAAUGUGGGAAGGCCUUUACUCAGAACUCACAACUUUUCCAGCAUCAGAGAAUUCAUACGGAUGAAAAACCGUAUGAAUGUAAUGAAUGCGGAAAGGCCUUUAAUAAAUGCUCAAACCUUACUCGACAUCUGAGAAUUCACACUGGUGAAAAGCCUUAUAACUGUAAGGAAUGUGGGAAGGCAUUUAGUAGUGGCUCAGAUCUCAUUCGUCAUCAGGGAAUUCAUACUAAUGAAUAAUAAAAAUGAAAGCCCCUGUCACCUUCCUCAUUUUUUAAACCAAAAAUCAUGUCUGAUAGUUACCCUCUUCCACAGUUUUUUUAAAACUUUGUAUUUAAAUUUUGUAUCCAAAUGUAUUUCACUCCAGGUUAUAAAUUCGGAGUCUAAAUUGACAUUCCCUCUCUCCAGUCACAUACCAAUGCCAGCUGUUCUGUAAUUCUUUGGUUCAUUGUUUUGUUCUGCUUUCUUGGUGACACAUUAUACUCUUAUUUAUAUUUG